AUGUGUCACAAAGUUGUGGUGUUGUGUAUGAAGAAGCUCAGCUCAUCUUCCGAAUACCCAAGUGCUGUGAUGUGGAGAAGCGUCCCUCACAUUUACAGCCUCUUACAAGAAGGAAAUGGCGUUAUUGCCCCGCAAGAGGCCGAUUAUAAUUUGCUUUUUAUUGCGGUUGCAUGGGCUAAAGCGAAACAACCCGUAAGUGUUUUAAAUGUUAUUCAACUAGGCUUGUAA